GCUUUCUUGAAACCGCUGCUGCCCAACCCGUCUCACCACUCAGCUCCCCCAGCUAACAGGACAGUAUCCUUGGAGACGGUCGCCUGUAGCGGUAGGGACGUUUGUGUUGUUUGCCCUGCGACACUCGGUUCCCUAGCCUGCGAAUGUGUUUCACCCUGACUCUACCUUGACAGCUUUUGCUGUCACUCGGCUGCCAUACUCGUGCCUUGCUUAGCUACCACCACCCGGAUGCCCCUCCUCCCAGACACCAACAAUGAUCUGCUGUUCAGUUGCCUCAAUCCUCACGACAUAAUUCGUUACUCUCGAACAUGUCGCGAAGCCUAUCGCCAAGUCGAGGGCUAUUGGCGACGCGCACUUAACAUUGAGAACCUUCUUUCUCCGUAUUUCACUCCAGCUGAAACCCAGUGUUUCCGUGUGGUCCAGGCGUUGACCGGUACCCUGAUUUCUGGCUCAACGGCGCUUCAACUACUCAGUCGCAAGCGUUAUCCAGAAUCGGACCUGGAUUUAUAUGUCGAACGUCGAUACGGCUCUUUUCUUGGAUCUUUCUUGGAGGCGAUUGGAUACAAAUUCGAACCUGCUCAAGGGCAAUCCGUGUGCCUAGAGGAGGCGAUUGAACGGGCGGAAUUUUUGCGGAAUCUCCCUCCUUAUACUUCUUAUUCUUCUCCUUAUACUUCUUAUUCUUCUCCUUAUACUUCUCCUUAUGAUAACGAUGGAUUUGCAGGAGUAUUCAACAUGACGAGAGGCGAUCGCACGAUUCAGCUUAUCGCGACCACUCAUUCUCCAUUGGACAAAAUUUUCAAAUUUCACUCGACUGUGGUGAUGAAUGUCAUCUCUUAUUCACAUGUGUAUUCACUCUAUCCACGAGCAACAUUCCAAGAGUCACUUUCUCUUAUAACUUACGAGAAAGAUGACUCUAAACGAGUAGUCGCCCGCCAGAAAUAUGUUGAUCGUGGUUGGAAAAUGCUCAAUUCGGAUGGUAGUGAAUGGAGACCCUAUAACUUUACAGGGACCAGCUACAGCUAUUCUUCAAAAUCCACGCCCUACUGUAGACAACUUGAGAUUUUCCAAGUCGACAGAUUACGUCGCUUAGGCGAUUCCUUCUGUUGGUCUUCUAAACUCCCCAUCCUACGCUAUCCAACACAGAAUGAUUGUUCUGAUGAACCAGGCUACAUCUGGCUCAUGUCACGAAGAUAUGACGUCCCGACGCCGCUUGUUAUGGAGGAGUUGUGGACCGGAAAACAGGCUUUGGAGAGCAACACUUGGGUACUCUCGCUGCAGGAUGGCGGCCACAGAAUACAUCAAGUGAUGUACGAUGUUCUGGACGACUCAGAGCUGAGGAGUCUUCGACGCCUCCAACAACCCGUAGGCCCUGAAAUUCCCGGAGUUGGAUUUUUCGUACCGAUCAGACCGCCAGGACGUUUCGCACCGCUCGACUUUCGGGUAAAGAGCAGGGAUUUGUUGCUCUACGAUGUCAUCGAUGAGUAUUUCUCGUACUUGAAUAAAGGAGACUUGGGUGAAGAACCACCAGAUACAGAAUCGGAGGGAGUAAUCGUGGUGGGGAGUGUGAAGGGUUACAGUACUAGCGAAUUCGUAUUGACCAUGUUCACCUUGGCGAUCCUGAUUUUUGUGUUUAAUGUAUAAUAUAACUUGCUUCCCUUCAAUUUGCA